ACAACACACACCACCCAGCUUCCGACUCGAUCGAUCUCGCAACAUUGGAGCUAGCUUAGCAGCAGCUAACUGCUUCUUCAAUUCUUGCUCACAGCUCGAUCGAGCUCAAGCUUGCUCGCUCUCAUCUGCGAUUUCGAUCACAAUCCAGUUAUCUAGCUAGCUAGGUCACCGACGAUACUCACCCAGUCGAUCGACAUGGGCAGCAUUGACGCCAACCCCGCCGCCUUCGAGGCCUUCGGCGCCACCGGCGUCGACGGCUUCCAGCCGCUCAACGCCGAGGACGUGCGCUCCUACCUCCACAAGUCCGUCGACUUCAUCUACGACUACUACAAGUCCGUGGAAUCCCUGCCCGUGCUCCCGGGCGUCGAGCCGGGGUACCUGCGCCGCCUGCUGCAGUCCGCGCCGCCCACCUCCUCGGCGCCCUUCGACAUCGCCAUGAAGGAGGUCCGCGAGGCCGUGGUCCCGGGGAUGACGCACUGGGCCAGCCCCAACUUCUUCGCCUUCUUCCCCUCCACCAACAGCGCCGCGGCCAUCGCCGGGGAGCUCAUCGCCUCCGCCAUGAACACCGUCGGGUUCACGUGGCAGGCCAACCCGGCCGCCACCGAGAUGGAGGUGCUCGCGCUCGACUGGCUCGCGCAGCUCCUGCGCCUGCCGGCGAGCUUCAUGAACCGCAGCACGGGCGGCGCCGGCCGCGGCACCGGGGGCGGCGUCAUCCUCGGCACCACCAGCGAGGCGAUGCUCGUCACGCUCGUCUCGGCGCGCGACGCCGCACUGCGCCGGAUCGGAUCCGAUGGGGUCGCCGGGAUCACGAGGCUCACCGUGUACGCCGCCGACCAGACGCACUCCACCUUCUUCAAGGCGUGCCGCCUCGCCGGCUUCGACCCGGCCAACAUCAAGUCCAUCCCGACAGGGGCAGACACCGACUACGGUCUCGACCCCGCGAAGCUGCUCGAGAUCAUGCAGGCCGACGUCGACGCCGGCCUCGUGCCAACCUACAUCUGCGCCACGGUCGGCACCACGUCCUCCAACGCCGUGGACCCAGUGGGCGCUGUCGCUGACGUUGCUGCCCGGUUCAAUGCGUGGGUGCACAUCGACGCCGCCUACGCCGGCAGCGCGUGCAUCUGCCCGGAGUUCCGGCACCACCUCGACGGCGUCGAGCGCGUCGACUCCAUCAGCAUGAGCCCUCACAAGUGGCUCAUGACAUGCCUCGACUGCACCUGCCUGUGGGUGCGCGACACGCACCGCCUCACCGGCUCGCUGGAGACCAACCCGGAGUACCUCAAGAACGACGCCAGCGAGUCCGGCACCGUCACCGACCUCAAGGACAUGCAGGUCGGCGUCGGCCGCCGCUUCCGAGGGCUCAAGCUCUGGAUGGUCAUGCGCACCUACGGCUCCGCCAAGCUCCAGGAGCACAUCCGGAGCGACGUCGCCAUGGCCAAGAUGUUCGAGGACGCCGUGCGCGCCGACGACCGGCUCGAGGUCGUGGUGCCGAGGAACUUCGCGCUAGUCUGCUUCAGGAUCAAGCCCCGCGGCAGCAUGACGGAGCAGGACGCCGACGAGGCCAACCGCGAGCUCAUGGAGCGCCUGAACAGGACCGGGAAGGCGUACCUGGCGCACACGGCGAUCGACGGCAAGUUUGUGCUGCGGUUCGCGGUGGGGUCGUCGCUGCAGGAGGAGAGGCACGUCCGGAGUGCAUGGGAGCUCAUCAAGAAGACGACCACCGAGAUCAUCAAGGGAGAGUAGUAGAGAGUAUACUAAUAUUGAUUAAUUAUUUGUUCUUAUAUAUAUGUUGGAUUAAUUUUUGUUGUUGUUAUUAUUAUUCCGAAAGGUGGCGUCGAAUAAAGCUUUUCGCGAUGCAUCUAUGCAAGGAGACGUAGGGUAUAUAUGAACAUGAUGUACGGGUUUUGAAUAUACACCGAGUUGGUUUUUCUUUCUCUUACAUAUAUAUGAUAAUGUUUGAUUGAUGGCU